UCAUUUCACCACAUAAAAGAAGAAGAAGAAGCAUUUCUUGAAUUCAAAAAUUAACAAAGCAUUUCUAGAGUUCAAUGGCAGAUGAAGUGAUACUGUUGGACUUCUGGGCGAGCGCGUUCGGGAUGAGGGCCAAGAUUGCCCUGAGAGAGAAGGGCGUGGACUUUGACCUGAGGGAGGAGGAUUUCAGCAACAAGAGCCCCCUGCUCUUGGAGAGCAACCCGGUCCACAAGAAAAUCCCCGUCCUCGUCCACAACGGCAAGCCCGUUUGCGAGUCCCUUGUCAUCGUCCAGUACAUCGACGAGACCUGGGGUCCCGAGUCCCCUCUCUUGCCUUCCGAUCCUCACGAGCGCGCCCGCGCCAGGUUCUGGGCCGACUAUGUGGACAAGAAGAUUUCAUCGAGACGAGUGGCAAGGGCGUCAACAGGGGCGGCCCUGGACGCAGCGAAGGAGGAGUUCAUCGAGGGCUUGAAGGUGCUGGAGGGAGAGCUUGGGGACAAGGCCUACUUUGGAGGCGAGAAGUUUGGGUACGUGGAUGUGUCGCUAAUACCGUACUAUAGCUGGUUCUAUGCUUUGGAGACACUGGCCAACUUUAACAUUGGGGAAGAGUGCCCCAAGUUGGAGGGAUGGGUCAAGCGUUGCAUGCAGAGGGAGAGCGUGGCCAAGUCCUUGGCCGAUCAGCACAAGGUCUAUGACUUGAUGUUGGAGCGCAGGAAGAAGCUCCAGGCGCAGUAAUUCCUCUCCUUUGGAUGAGGCUUAGCUCUUUCUACUUUCGUGAGUUCCUUUUUGAGUGUUUCUGGAUGAACAUCGUGUUUGCGUUAUGAGUCUUGCUAGCAUGACACUAUAAUAGUAUGAUAGUGGAAUGAUAUGUGUAAGAUCAGAAGUGAGUCUCGCCAUGAUUGUUAUAUAUUGCAUGUCAUUCA